GUCAGCAAUUGCACUUUCCAAUACUUCAAACUUCGGAUCCACGUCUCCCAAACAAAAAUUGUUAAAAAUAUAGCAUCUUUCUUCUUUCUUUCUACUUUCCUUUUCUAAAAAUCUUCUAGCAGGCAAUACCUUGCAGGUUUUCUUCACUUCAGACGAUGCUUGAAGCUACAAAUGACGAGUAUCAUGCAAUGAACCUGGUCACUUCGACGUUAUCCUCAUGAUAACCGUUUCUUUUGGCAGCCGCUACGACUGACGUUCUUAGAUUGCUAUUCUGAGAACCCCCAAUCGAAUAGAUAAGUCCACCAAGUCCACAUCCCGUACAAAUGGGGACGCCGCGGCUCCGCUAUCGUCGCUCUCAAUGUAGACCAGUGGUCAAUCUCAGCCUGAAACUUGUGGAUCAUUGAAUCUAUAUGAAUAUUGAUGAGAAAAGCUUGGAGCAAGGCACAUGGGAUACAGCGAUGGGUGUUGAUUUUGGGAGUUAUUUCCACUUUUUUCCCUUCUGUUAAGUAUUGAUCGAUUGUGCAGUGAUGGGAACCUUUUUCUUCUCACCGUACAUUCAUCAAUAUUCUUUUCUACCUACCUCCUUUUCUCUUCUCAAUCCAUCUUCGGCACAUCGCUGGCGAGUCCGUUAAGACUUUUCUUCGAUUCCUUAGAAUUCCAUUCUCUUUAUUGUUUUAUUGUUUGCUGCGUAUACUUGGAAUCAUUCGGUUGAUUCGAUUGAAGUUUGAUACUUUGUUUCCUUUUAUUUUAUUUGUUAAGAAAAUCCAUCUGUUAUUCUGUCAAAAUGGUUGGAUGGGGUGUUCUUCAGGAUCCUAGGUAUCCAAACAUUCCUGGAACUGUAAAUCUUGGUGAAAAUACUGCUGGAGCUGACGGUUCAUCAAAAGAAGGGAAUUGGGAUUAUGUUGAGCCAAAGAAGAGGGGUGAGAUCGUUCUCAAUCCUCAGCCUUCUGAAAGUCCUAAUGAUCCUCUCAAUUGGACUACUGCUACAAAAAUGGCCAUUCUUCUCAUCUUAGCCUUGACUGCUGGUGUCACUGUCUCUCUCGGUCCAAUGAUUACUACCGGUUCUGAAGAUAUAGCAACAGCUUUCGAUGUCUCUACAGAUCAAGUCUCCUUUAACAUUGUCGGAAUUAUGCAACUUACAACGGGUUCCGGUACAUUCUUUACUGCCGCAGCAGCAGCAGUAUGGGGAAAGCGUCCAGUUUUCAUCAUAUCUACUAUUGGAUUGUUAGCUACCAAUAUCUGGGGUUUCUUUUCCAAUAGUUUCAUGUCACUUUCCAUAAUGCGAGCCGUUCAAGGAUUCUGUGCUUCUCCCCUCGAGACACUCGUCAGCGCUACGGUUUCCGAGAUUUUCUUUGUGCAUGAAAAGGGUAAGAUGUUGAGUAUAUGGAAUUUGUUCGUUAUGGGUGGUGUCAAGCUUGGUCAACUCAUCGCAAGUUUCAUUAUCCAAUCCUUAGGAUUCAAAUUUACUUUUGGAAUCUGCGCUUGCAUAUACGCCCUGAUCAUCCCCGCCAUGUAUUUCUUCGUACCCGAAACUCUCUACAUUCCUCAAACCGAUCCCCCUACCCAACUCAUCGUCGAUAAAACCGAAGGUCGAGUCUACGAAAUUGUCCUACCAGAUAUGAAAAAAUCCUUCACAGAACGCCUUUCCAUCUUCAACGGUCGCAUCUCACAAGCUAGCUUCUGGGCACUCGCAGCCAAACCAAUCCCGCUCGUUACUUUCCCCGCCGUCAUAUUCAGUGCCUUUACUUACUCAUUCUACGCCGCCGGAUUAACCCUGAUUGCUUUACUUCAAGACACCGUAUUCAGCGCGCCUCCAUACAACCUCUCCACUUCGGCCAUCGGACUUACCAAUCUUCCCCUCUUCGGCGUUGGACUCGUCGGCACCUUGGUUUCCGGAUACUGCGCCGAUUUCGUCGUCCAAUGGAUGACACGCCACAACAAUGGUGUUUACGAACCCGAAUUCCGUCUCGUGCUUAUGUUUGUCGCGGCUUCUUUGUCCACUGUUGCAUAUAUUGGGUUUGGAUAUUCCGUGGCAGCAGGCGCAUCCAUCUAUGUCCCAAUUGCCUUUUUGGGCGUUCAGACUUUUGCAGUUCCCUUUGCGACGAGCAGUAUGUUUACAUAUGUUAUGGAUUGUCAUAAUCGCUUGGCACCACAAGCGUUCGUUACGAUGAAUUUUAUCAAGGCAGUUUUGUCGUUGGUUAUGAGUGAUUUUGUUAACGGAUGGUUUGAAGCAAGUGGUGCAAAGAGUGUUUUCACCACUGUGGCAAUUGCCAACCUUGCAGUUUCCGCAUUUGCGAUUCCCAUGUAUAUUUUUGGAAAGAGAUUGAGGAGUAAAGUUGCUAGAAGUGCUUUCCAUCAAAAAUUCUAGAUUUUUCGAAUAUUUUCCUCACAAUACACCUCAAAGAAUAUGUUUCAUUCGUUCUUCAACAUCACUUUAGCAAGCGGGAAUUGACAGUAUGGCGCAUGGGGAUUUUACUUGGAAGAAUGAAUUUCACACGGAUGGAAAGGUAACGCCGGACGUUGGGUUAUGAAUAUAUGUACAUCAGGGGAUGGAGUUCAAAAGGGUAUUGAUAUCACUACCUAUCCUCAAUCAUUCUUUUUAACAAUGUACAUACAAUACACUACACUUAGGAAUAGACCGUCAUUGCAUGACAAGAAAAUAGAACAACCCAGAACAUUCAAUUAAAUGAAUUGGAAUGUCA